AUUCUCUCUAUCGGCAUAAAUCAUCUCCAGCAGCGUAAAUCUUCUCACUGUAAAACUAAGCGAGGCUGCCGGAGCCGGAGCCAUAAAUCCUCCUCCAUAGCCGCUACAUCCCUGCAAAGAAUAUCUGAACGAGACGAGAAUCAAAUCAAACUUCACCUUUUUGACGUGGCAAGGUUUUGAUGCUUGAAAUGGCAUCAAAACCAUUUGAAACGAGCAGAUCGGAUCUAUCAGCCAUAUCUGAUGUACUGGACUCACACAACAGUAAGCCUCCAUUGCCUCCACAAACGCGGGUGACAUUUGCACGAAGGACUUCCUCAGGCCGUUAUGUGAGCUACUCGAGGGAUGAUCUUGAUAGCGAGCUUGGCAGCAGUGACUUCCUCAACUACACGGUGCAGAUACCCCCAACCCCUGAUAACCAACCUAGCAAUCCUGUUGCACACAAGGUUGAGGAGCAGUAUGUGUCCAACUCCCUCUUCACGGGCGGAUUCAACAGCAUCACGAGGGCACAUUUGAUGGAUAAAGUGAUUGACUCGGAUGCUAACCAUCCACAGAUGGCCGGUGUGAAGGGAUCAUCUUGUGCAAUCAAUGGUUGUGAUGGGAAGGUAAUGUGUGAUGAGAAGGGGGACGACAUCCUCCCGUGUGAGUGUGAUUUCAAGAUAUGUCGGGACUGUUACAUAGAUGUGCUCAAGACAGGAGAUGGGGCAUGCCCUGGUUGCAAAGACCAGUACAAGACUACAGAUUUGGAUGAAGCAAUGGAGAACUGGAUGUCUCUGCCUCAAUUACCUGGACCAGGUGAGAGGUCGAAGAAAAUGGAGAGAAGGUUGUCGUUGGUUAAGUCAACUAAAUCGUCAUUGUUGAUGAAAAGCCAGACUGGAGACUUUGAUCACAACAGGUGGUUGUUUGAGACCAAGGGCACCUAUGGUUAUGGCAACGCUAUAUGGCCUAACGAGAAUGGCUUUGGUAACGACAAGGAAGGCGACAUGUUUGAGCCUGCUGAGUUGAUGAACAAACCAUGGAGGCCGCUUACACGGAAACUCAAGAUCCCUGCAGCUAUCAUAAGCCCAUACCGGCUUCUAGUGGCUGUUCGAAUGGUUGUUCUCGGGCUUUUCUUGACAUGGAGAAUCGGCCAUCCCAACACCGAUGCAGUCUGGCUUUGGGGGAUGUCUAUAGUAUGUGAGAUAUGGUUUGCAUUUUCUUGGGUUCUUGACCAACUACCAAAGCUCUGCCCUAUAAACCGUGCAACUGAUCUCAAUGUAUUGAAGGAAAAAUUCGAAACACAUGAUUCAAGCAAUCCUACGGGAAAGUCGGACCUCCCGGGCAUUGAUGUUUUUGUCUCUACAGCAGAUCCAGAGAAGGAGCCGCCCCUCGUCACUGCUAACACCAUAUUAUCCAUUUUAGCUGUUGAUUAUCCUGUAGAAAAGCUUGCAUGUUAUGUCUCCGAUGAUGGAGGAGCGCUUCUGACGUUCGAGGCCAUGGCAGAAGCAGCAAGUUUUGCAAAUAUAUGGGUUCCAUUUUGUCGAAAACACAACAUUGAGCCUAGAAAUCCGGAGUCUUACUUCAAUCUGAAGAAGGAUCCUUACAAGAACAAGAUUCUUAAGGACUUUGUCAAAGACCGAAGACGAGUGAAGCGUGAGUACGAUGAGUUUAAGGUUCGGAUCAACGGGCUGCCAGACUCUAUCCGACGCCGCUCUGAUGCUUAUCAUGCUAGGGAAGAACUUCAAGCCAUGAAAGAACAGAGGAUGAAGAAAGAAGAUGAGCCUGUAGAGGUUGUUAAGAUCAAGAAAGCUACAUGGAUGGCAGAUGGAACGCAUUGGCCUGGCACUUGGUUAAAUCCUACACUUGAGCACACAAAGGGUGACCAUGCCGGGAUAAUACAGGUGAUGCUGAAACCUCCAAGUGAUGAGCCACUUUGUGGGGAUGGUGAAGAGUACAGGUUGAUUGACCUGACUAACGUUGAUAUUCGUCUUCCCAUGCUCGUAUACGUCUCUCGUGAGAAGCGGACUGGCUAUGACCACAACAAGAAAGCGGGUGCAAUGAACUCUCUAGUUCGAGCUUCAGCAAUCAUGUCUAAUGGUGCAUUCAUUCUCAACCUUGAUUGUGAUCACUACAUCUACAACUCCCAAGCUAUGAGAGAAGGGAUGUGUUUCAUGAUGGAUAGAGGUGGCGAUAGAAUCUGCUAUGUUCAGUUCCCACAAAGAUUUGAAGGCAUUGAUCCAUCUGAUCGAUAUGCCAAUAGAAACACCGUGUUUUUUGAUGGAAACAUGCGAGCUCUAGAUGGGCUACAAGGUCCAGUCUAUGUUGGAACGGGGUGUCUCUUUAGGCGAACUGCCCUUUAUGGCUUUGAUCCGCCUCGUGCUAAGGAGCAUAGCGCGAGCUUCUUCAGCUCUUGUUGUGGCCCACGCAGGAAGCACGCUGUCGUGGCUCAUACACCAGAAGAAAACAAGUCUUUGAGAAUGGGGGAUUACUCUGAUGAUGAAGAGAUGAAUCUUUCGCUUGCUCCGAAGAUGUUUGGCAAUUCAAAUGUGCUCAUUGAUUCUAUCCCAGUGGCCGAGUACCAAGGUCGCCCGUUGGCCGACCAUCCAUCUGUGAAGAACGGGCGCCCCCCUGGCGCUCUCACCAUCCCCCGAGACCUCCUCGAUGCAUCAACCGUGGCAGAAGCAAUAAGCGUCAUCUCAUGCUGGUAUGAAGACAAGACGGAAUGGGGGCAGCGCGUGGGUUGGAUCUACGGCUCUGUCACGGAGGAUGUGGUCACGGGGUACCGAAUGCAUAACAGAGGAUGGAAAUCGGUAUACUGCGUGACGAAACGCGACGCCUUCCGUGGGACGGCCCCUAUCAACCUGACAGACAGGCUCCACCAGGUCCUCCGUUGGGCCACUGGCUCAGUGGAGAUAUUUUUCUCGAGGAAUAAUGCAUUGCUAGCGAGCUCAAGAAUGAAGGUACUUCAGAGGAUUGCAUACCUCAAUGUAGGAAUCUACCCUUUCACCUCAAUCUUCCUGAUCGUCUACUGCUUUCUCCCGGCGCUCUCCCUCUUCUCCGGGCAGUUCAUCGUCCAGACGUUGAACGUGACGUUCCUCAUCUACCUUCUGAUCAUCACGGUGACGUUGUGCGCACUGGCGGUGCUGGAGGUGAAGUGGUCGGGCAUUGAGCUGGAAGAGUGGUGGAGAAACGAGCAGUUCUGGCUAAUUGGAGGGACUAGUGCACACUUAGCUGCAGUGUUCCAAGGCCUGCUGAAGAUCUUCGCAGGGGUGGAGAUCUCAUUCACGCUAACGUCCAAAUCAGGAGGGGAUGACGAGGAGGACGAGUUUGCUGAUCUAUACGUGGUGAAAUGGACGUCCCUGAUGAUCCCUCCGAUUGUGAUCAUAAUGGUGAACCUGAUUGCUAUAGCAGUAGGGAUUAGUAGGACUAUAUACAGCAUGAUACCGCAAUGGAGUCGUCUAUUGGGAGGAGUUUUCUUUAGUUUUUGGGUGUUGGCACAUCUCUACCCCUUUGCCAAAGGGCUCAUGGGGAGAAGGGGGAGAACUCCGACUAUCGUCUAUGUCUGGUCUGGCCUCAUUGCUAUCACCAUAUCUCUGCUUUGGGUGGCCAUCAACCCCCCUGCAGGGACUAACCAGAUUGGUGGCUCCUUUCAGUUUCCUUAGAAACAAGGAACCUCCUAUUGUAUGUAGACAAAUUAAGAAGCACAACUGGCUUCAUUCAAUUCUUUCAUUUCUUAUACACUAUGUUUUACUUUUAUUUAGAUGCCAACAACUCAUCUUCAUGAUAUAUGGAUACCAUUUUCAUCA